AUGUUCAAAGCUGAGGAGCCGUCCAAGAGCAGCUUCCUUCAGCAAAUGAAAGCUGCUAGGGAAGAAAGGGCCCACGAGAAAGACAGAAAAGUUGCUGUCAUCUUAAUUCAGGCUUAUGUUAGGGGAUGGUUAUGCCGUAAAAGAAUACUAGAAGAAUUUGAUACAAAUUUUCUCAAUGAUUGUGGUACAGAGGCAAACAUAAAGUUGAGACCAGCUUUGGAAGUGUAUAAGAUUAUUUUUAAAUUUUUGUAUGUAUAUAAGAAAGAAAAUGUUCAAGAAAGGAUAGAAAAACUAUGUAGAUAUUUAGUGUUGACACUAGAUUCAGACUCUCCAGAAAUAUCGUAUGUAGGACUUGUGUUGAAUAAAGAUCAUUACAUAUCAUGGAUAUCACAAAUGAAAACAAUAUUGUUAUAUUGCCUGACUGGCUUAGACAAUCUAAAGCCAGAAAGAGUAUCUGAGCACAAGUCCAUCCACUUGAGAUUACACACAUUAGUUAGCUUUACAUCGCCAGGAACAUGGGCAAUUCUAAAAGUAGAAGGGAUGGAAAAACUCAGAGCUGGCAUGAAUCAGCUUUGUGCCAACAUAAUGGGCCACCUAGUCAACAAUGGAUUCUAUCCCAUUAUGCAAACUUUUCUAGUGAAGGGAUUGGGUAGGGUGGAUAUUGCUUUGAAACCCAUUGCACUUUCAGCAGCAGUUACAUUGGCGUUGAGGCCACUGAUAUCUUCUCAGAUGUCAGACAAGCUAGUAUCAUUAUUUUUAAUUAACAUUUUCAGUGUACCUGCAUUGGUUUAUCAUCUGAACAAUAUAUCAUCAGUAUGCAUCUCAUCAUUUAGUGCAAACAAUCUGUUUGCAAGAAGUCUCGAAUUGUUGAACUCUGAGCAAAAUUUGAGAAUAGUCUUUAAUGCUUUAGAAGGCAGCUAUGCACUAUGCUUGUUAUCUAAUUUGAUACAGUUGGCCAAUAUCGAGAAGGAUGACGCAUUGAGAGAUUUAUAUUUUCCAUCUUUUACGUUUGUCGUAACGAAAAUGUUGGAAGCAUGUCAGCAAUAUGUAGUCGCCAAACAAGGUAAUUUGACGCAUUGGCAUCCCAUUCUUGGGUGGCUUGCACAAAAGGUUGACACGUCUUUACAAGAACCUAUCCCGUAUGUGAAAAUACAGUUAGCAUAUCUGUGGACUGGAAGGAUAGUUUCGCAAUUGAUUGGUCAACCUUUGACAGAACUUAUUGAGAAGGAGAUACCUCCGACUGUUGAGCAACAGAGUACUUCUGUCGGUACUAACAUUUUUCGAAGGGCUUUUUUGGAAGCACGUACAAAUAGGAAUAAUAACACGAAGAAUUAUAGAAAAUUGGGAAGUCCAGAGACUACUAGAAUAGCUUUGAUCUGUUCUCUUUAUCAAAUUGCUUUACAUACAUUAACACAGAUGAAGAUGGAAAUAUUGACUGGUUUGUGUUAUCAGGAUAAAAUUUUAUACCAUAUGUAUUUAUUUCUGGGAACAUUGGGUGCACAUUGCGGUUUGAAAGCAUUUUUGGAUCAUUUAGCUGCUAAUACUAAGUGUACAGCACCUGAAUUCCAAAUGUUGAUAUUGUUUUCCGAUUGCAUGACACAUUAUGUUACAAUUCUAGACGACAUGGAGAUGUAUGAACAACAAGAUCCGUUCAAGCUUAGCGAUUUUGUAACCAUGUCCUAUUUUUUAAAUCAAUUUUUAUACAAAGCCGUGCUUAAUAACUUGUUUGAUGUUCCAGACGUGAAGUCGGUUCCUAAUAAUCCUCUGUUCAACUCUCUUCAUACGCUUUUAAUGGUAAUCUAUCGUCGGGAUUGUAGACGAACAUUCUGUCCGGAAGGGCACUGGCUCGCAAAGGAAGUACGAGUGUCUGGAUUUUUGGCAGAUUUGGAGAAAGGCAGACGAGGUGCUGCUCUUCUCCUUUCUAAAAUGCCGCACGUUAUUCCUCAUUCGGAGCGUGUGGUAUUGUUUCGUAAACAUGUCGCGAACGAGAAGGUAGUCUUGGGUUUGACUGAGAGCGCUUGCAACAGUACUCCAACAACGCUUAUCGUAGUUCACAGAACACGUAUAGUGGAGGACGGAUAUCGCCAAUUGGCGAUGUUACCUUCUCAGGCACUUAAAGGCGUAAUCAGAGUUCGUUUCGUGAAUGAACAAGGUUUAGCCGAAGCUGGCAUCGAUCAAGAUGGGGUGUUUAAGGAGUUCUUAGAGGAGACAAUAAAAAAGGUUUUCGACCCAUCCUUAAAUUUAUUUAAAGUCACUAGCGAAAACCGACUUUAUCCAUCUCCAACAUCCUCAAUGCAAGAUAAUCACUUGCAGCUGUUUGAAUUUGUUGGCCGUAUGCUGGGUAAAGCAGUGUAUGAAGGCAUUGUUGUAGAUGUACCUUUUGCAUCUUUCUUUGUUUCCCAGUUUUCUGGGCAAACUGGAGGUGCAUUGUAUAGUUGGUUAGAUGAGUUGGCUUCUUUAGAUAGAGACUUAUAUCGGAGUCUCACCCUUGUAAAGCAUUAUAAAGGCGAUGUUAGACAAUUAGAGUUAACUUUCUCCCUUGAUGAAGACGUUUUGGGCAAAUUAGUUACGCAUGAAUUGAUUCCUGGCGGACGAGCGGUGCCUGUCACUAAUGAGAAUAAAAUCAACUAUAUACAUUUAAUGGCUCAUUUCAGAAUGCAUAUGCAAAUAAAAGAUCAGACAGCUGCUUUUAUUAAAGGUUUCCGUUCUAUAAUCAACCCCGAAUGGUUGGCAUUGUUUUCAACUCCAGAAUUACAGAGAUUAAUCUCGGGUGAUAAUGUUCCGCUGGAUUUACGAGAUUUGCGGAAACAUACGCAAUAUUAUGGUGGUUUCCAUGAUAGCCACCGCGUAGUGUGCUGGUUAUGGGAUAUAUUGGAAAAAGAUUUCACCGAGGAAGAAAGGGGUUUAUUUUUGAAGUUUGUUACGAGCUGUUCGAAGUCACCUCUUUUGGGUUUCGCGCAUUUAGAACCACCAUUCUCCAUUCGUUGCGUCGAAGUUGGCGAUGAUGAGGAUACGGGUGAUACAAUCGGGAGUGUUAUAAGGGGAUUUUUUACGAUUCGUAAGAAAGAUCCGCAGAAUCGUUUACCCACAUCGUCCACAUGUUUUAAUCUCCUAAAAUUACCAAACUAUCAAAAGAAAAGUACCUUACGGGAGAAAUUGCGUUACGCUGUAACUAGUAACACGGGUUUCGAACUUUCGUAAUUCCCAACCUGUUUACAGUAAAUAUGAAAUUGCAACAUCGCUCAAAAACGUCUAAUGAAAAUUUCUACUAAGUGAUUGAGUGGUGCCUGGCCGCAGCGAUCCAAGUUGUCUAGCGAGAUUUUUUAAUGUAUCCUGGACUUUAAAUCGAAUAUAAUUUAUAAAAAAGAAACUGUUGGAAUAUUAAAUCUAAAGGUCGCACAAAUUUUACGAGAUAUUGUAUAAUGUGACAAAUUUAUUAGAUUUUUUAAACUCUUUGUUAGUGUCACACUAAUAUUAAUUUUCAAUUCUUCAAGAUUGCUAAAAUCUUUUAUAGAGUUCGUUUUAGACAUAGUGAGUAUUUUAUUAGUUUUAUUUCAUAUGAAAUGGUCUCGCGCAUUGGAUUAUUUAAGGUCUGUGUACGUCUACAUUGUUUUUCGACUUUCGAUUCUCGUCCUACACAAUAUAUCGCCAAAAUGGAUAAAUCACUUAUGGUGUAAGGCACACUGUACCUCAUGAGCUUAAUAUUGCUAAUAUUGUGCGCUUGUUAGUUUAUAAUACCGUUAAUUAAUGUUAGGCUAUUGAAUCGGUGAAAUGCACGAGUUGAAUGUUAAACCCGAGCCCAUCGGUGCCCGGUGAAUGGAGUAAAAAGAAAUAUAUCUACAAAUUUCUAAACUUUACAAGUCGGUGGGAAGCUGAUCUACUUUGAGGAUUACUAUUUUCGCAAAGUUUUGUACAAACUUUUGACAAAAUGUUUAAAUAAAUUCAUAUGACAUGUUUCGAAUUAAAUGAAUAUUAUAUCCACGGGCGCUCAUGGGUUAAAAACACGUAAUUCGAGAGUUAAGGCCGGAUUAGUCGAAUUGGUUGAGAUGUUUGAUCUCUUUGUUUCGGGCUAAAAGAUGUGAAAAUCAUUAUGCGAUUGUGGUUUUCAUAGAAGCUCGAACAAAUGAAUAUGUAAAGAAGGAGAAAAGAGGGAGCACGAGGACUGUGUUAUUCACGACAUAGCGAGGAAUGCUAUAUUAAAGCGAAAUUUAUUUUUCUCGCAGCAGAUGACUCGCAAUAUCGUCGAUAGAAAUUCGGUCAGACCAAAGAUAGAAGCCUAUUUAAUGUGAAGAGAAUAAGUCGAGAUAUAAUCUUUUCAUAUUUUCCUAUAUGAUCGUAUCGUAAGUUUUAUCGGGCCUGUAUUCACAGAUUGUACCUAUGCUGUAGACGAGUAAUAAAACGGACGACAUUUAAACGGUUUAAAGGCUAGAAUUACGAAUGAAUUGCGUUUAACCGUGCAUUAUGUAAUUACUUCAGUAAUGUACACAAUGUAAACAUCAGUGAAAAGAAGAUUUUAAUUGCGUACAGAGAGAAACAUAAUUUUCAUCUUUGUUACUUUCUAUCCGGUUUGCUGCUCUCUGGUGAUGUGAAUUGUGAAUACAUGCCUCGCAAAUACAUGUACAAUUGAACAAAGUGAAAGAUAAUACUCCUCUUUAUGGGUAUACUUAUCGUUACAGCGAUACGUGUACACGAUUAAAUGUGGGUAUCGAUGCAAACACGGAUAUGUACGAAAUAAAACUUUAAAAACAAAAAAUGCUACGGUUGUAAGGUAAGACCGACAAUGUUUUUUAACGCCUGUUCGCAUUGACGGAUCCUUUUUCUACUUUUAAUCAAUAGAAAUGGAACAGUACUAAUAUAAACUGCAAUACAAUGGAGUUUUUCUUACAAUCGUAUCAAUUACAGAAAGCGCGCACUUUGUAUAUGGCUUUCUGGAGUUAAUCGUAAUACUGUAACGUUUUUAUAAAAAAGUGUGUACUCGAUGUACAUGUUACAACGCAGGAUUUGCAACGGACGACGGAUUUGUUAAUUUAAUACAUUCGAUAAUGAUACACGAUGAUCAUGUAAAUAUACACAAAUCAUGCAAUUACAGGAAAUCUUUUU